GGGCGAUCCACUAGCAAGCGCGGAGGUGCAAAAGGUCAGCGGAUCAGCAAGGCAAUGAAGGCCUACUUGGAACGAGCCACCAAGCAUGAACAGUUCAUGAAGGAGCAGGUCGAGGAUUUCGAGAUCGGUAAGCGCCAUCUGGCGACAUGAUGGGACUCGACGCGGACGGAAUGACGCAGCGGACGUCGACGAAGCCAUCCGGUACCUGUUCCCGUCGGGACUGUUCGAGAAGCGGCGCGGCCGAUGAUGAAGCACCCGAAGAGAUCUUUCCCAAACAGAAAGCUGCACAGUUUGCAGUGGAUGGCCGUCCAUUUCACCAUCUCUUCUACAGCGGCUUGCCAAACUACUACUCCAUAAUGCAGGACAUUCAGCAGAGGAUGGAGGCACUAGCCAACUAUGAAGAUGAGAAACUAAGGCGUGGAAUACUGGCCCCAGACCCCACCCAGGCCAUCAUGCUGGCCGGUAGUCAGUGGAUAGGUCAGCUGCAGCUUCAGGACCUGGUGCUCGAGAAGAUGGACGAACACAUG